AAUUUCGAUAAAUCCAGUAAUCAAGUCGUCCGCCAUAGUUUCGUGAAAAUUGUGAAAACUCAAAGGAAACGUGCGAUUUCAGUGGCGAAAAAACUUGCAAGCUAGUGAAUAGACAAUUGUUUUGUGAAAUAUAAUCAAAGAAUCAAAGAAGAGAAAAAUGCGUGGACGCGGCGGUUUCAUUCCACGUGGAAGUGGUACCACACGCGGUGGCUAUUACAAUAAUCGCAACUCGAGCAAUUACGUGAACACACGUACCCAGGGAAACUACCGCCCCAAUGGGGGACGCUACGAGAAUAACUACCACAACAACAACAACCGCUACAGCGGCGGCGGAGGAGGAGGAGGCGGCAACAAUAGCCACUAUGAUAACCGCAGCCGCGACAAGUUUACCCACCAUAAUUCGAGCAGCAGCGGACGCUACGAGUCCAGCUCCAGCCACAAGCGCAGCUAUGAUACAUCACGCGAUCGCAGCGAUGAUCGCAACAAGCGCCCGCGCAUAGACGAUUAUCGUCGCACGUCCUCGUCAAACGAUCGCAGCGAUCGCCCAUCGUCAUCAUCGCAGAAUGUUGGCUCUUCAUCAUCGAACUACCAUCAGCGCAGCAGCACCGGCGGAGGCGCUAGCUCGAGCUCGUAUCGGCCGCGCGAUGACUCGAACUCCGGUAGCCGGAAUCAGCGCGAGUCGUCAAUGGGACCGCCAAAGCGUAUGAUGCGUAGUGUGGCCGGCACCAGUUAUAUAUCGCGCCCACGCGGCUCAAUGUCCAUGCGUGGAGGCGGCAUGACACGUGGAAAUAUGCGGGUUGGAGCCAUGCGCGUUGUGCGUACCCGCAACGUCAACGAGUCCAAUGAUCUGCGUACCAUGCGCCGCCAGUUGCUCUAUGCACAGCAGAAAGAUCGGGCUCGCCUGCUUAAGAUUCAACAGCUGAAAAGCUCGUUGCGUCGCCAACGCCUGGGAGGGAAUAGCAGCGAUAAUUCCAGUGACAAUGAGGACAAGGAGGACGAUGAUGCUGAGAAUAGCAAGAAGAAGAAAGGCAAAGACAAUGACGAUGACGAAGAUAUCGGCGUCGACGAGGACGAUGAUGAUGAUGAGAAGGAUGCCGUCGAUGGUGAGAAGAAGGGCGAAAAGACUAAAAAGUCACCUGGCAAAAAGCGCAACAGCAAGUCGGCAAACGAGGACAAGAGUGACGCCGAUGGCGGCGACGAUGAUGAGCAUGAGCGUGACGACGAUGAAGAUCAGGAAAAGUCCUUGAAUGAGUCUGAUAGCAAGAAUGCCAAAGCCUCAGAUGACGAGGACAAGGCAAAGGCUGAAGAUGAGAGUGCCGAUGGCGACAAGUCUGAAGAAAAGGCCAAAUCCAGCACAGCCGAUAAGACAGGUAAGAAAAAGGACAAAGAUGGCGACACCACCAAGGACGGCAAGGACACCAAGUCCAAAAAGACUCCCAACAAGAAGGAGCGCUCACGCAAGGACAAGGAUGACAGCGACGAUGAGCAUCACAGCUCGCGCCAUCGCGACGAUGACCACAACAAUCGCAAGCGCAGCUUCAUUAAGCUCACUUGCGUCCACUGCAACUGCAAGUGUGUGACCUUCAAGGAGUACAACUACCACUUGAACUCGCGCACUCACAAGAACGCCAUGCGCCAGGUGGCCCUCAACCAGCGCGCUGAUCUACAGCGUAUGCGCGCCCGCCAGCGCACCACUCAGCGUGAGAUCGAGGAAAAUAGCAAGGAAGAGCACGAGUCUCGCUAUUGCCGCCUCUGUCGCCUGGCCUAUCGCCAGCAAAAGAAUCUGCAUCAGGCCUCCGAGCACCACAAGACCAUCAAGAAGUUCCUGAUGCCCUACUGCGGCUCCUGCCACUUGGCAUUCAAGAAUGCCAUGCUCUAUGAGAAUCAUCGUUGCUCCCUGGAGCAUAUACGCAACAAGGCCAGAAACGAUGAGUCCGGCUCGGACGACAGUGUCGAUGAGCGCGAGAUUGAUUUGAAUAAAUUCCUGACCGUCGACUCUGUUGGCGAGACCGAUGUCGACGUGAUGGAUGCCGAUGUGGAUGCUAUGGUAAUGGAGGCUGAAACCGCUCAGAAGAGUACUGACGAGGAGACGCGCAAGCGUGGCCUGAUUGGAUCGGAAUCCAUCAAGGCCAUUGAGGCAUUCUAUUGCGGCCUGUGCAAUCAUUACUCCAAUAAGACGGACGAAGUUUCCUUGGACGAUUACACCAAGAAGCAUUGUCUGCAGCAUUCCCACGUUAAGGCGUUCUUGCGCCAAAAGGAGGAGACCGAAAAGAAGAACCGCAAAGAUGAUGAGCACGAGGAAGAAAAAAAGGCUGACGAUGCAGAUGCCGAUGAAGAAAUGGAUGCUGACGCAAAAAUCGAUGAGGAGGAUGACGAAGAUUAUGGGGAUGCUGAUAUGGGCGACGACCCCCAAGAUGAAAAUUUAUGGGAGGAGGUCGACAAGGACUUGGGUGACCUGCUCGCCGAAGUUGAUCCGAUGAGCCACGAGGAAGAGGAGGAAGAGGAUGAAUCGGUCCUCAACAUUGACAUUGAAAGCGAGAAAAACAAGCUUAAAGAUGCCAAAGAGGAAGAAAAUGGCGAUGAUGAUGUGGAGACUGCCUCUUCGAAAGAAAAUGCGCCAGCAGUUGCCAAGCCGGCAGAGAAAAAGACCACCGGUGUGGCUACCGGGGCCGGCACAGCAGCCGCAGCAGCAGCAACCUCUGCUACAUCCACACCAGCCAAGACAACUCCUGUCAAGCAGCCGGUCAAGAAAGCAACGCCCAAGACGGCGGUUAAAGUCAGCAAGCCAGGCCCGGCUUCAACCAAGCGCAAUGUCUUGGUCAAUGUGAAACGCACAUCGGCGGCGGCCAUCAAAGCUGCCACCAAGUCUAGCAAUGCGGCAGCCGAUUCCAAGUAAGCUGGAUGCCAGCAGCAACAACACCACAA